UGCAUCAUUUAUGCAAUCAUCAAAACGUUCCUGAAUCAUGCAUUUCCGUUGUUGAAAUGGAUCCGAAAAAAAGGAUUACAUGAACCAUAAAUAGACCUUCAACGGCUUCACUCACAUUCAUCAUCAUAUCUUCUUAUUCUAACCUUCCCCUCUUUUUGGCCUUGCGUUGUGACCGUUGAAGGUCAGCGCACUAGGCAUUCUCAACGUAAAGAUGAGCGACAUUCAAACACAAGAUAGGCCUGUCUCGCAUGACGGAAAGGUGGGCACAAACGAUGAAAGUUCGAUUAAAAACAUUGAUCAACCACAAGAAGAAUUCGCAUUCACCGAAAAAGAAGAAAAACAAUUAGUACGAAAGAUUGAUUUCUUGGUCGUGCCAAUCUUGACAUUGUUAUACCUCUUAUCAUUCUUGGAUCGAUCAAAUAUCGGUAAUGCAAAAAUUGACGGAUUGGUGACCGAUUUAAAGAUUCGUGAUUAUUCAAGCGUGGUAAUGAUCUACUUUGUGGGUUAUGUCAUCGCUGAAGUACCCGCCAACUUGAUGCUCAAGAUCACCAAUCCUCCUCUAUGGCUGCCCACAUUAACACUCGUUUGGGGUAUCGUUUCCGUUUGUAUGGGUUUGGUACAUAACGAACAAGGAAUGUAUGCUGUCCGUUUCUUUCUUGGAGUAGCAGAAGCUGGAUUAUUCCCCGGAACUGUCUUUGUCUUUUCUCGUUUCUACAAACGAUCAGAAAGAACUGCUCGUGUGGCAUUCUUCUUCGGUGGUGCUGCGGCAUCAGGAGCAUUCGGAGGCGUGCUCGCAUAUGGAAUCACACAGAUGAGAGGGGUUGGUGGAAAAGAAGGAUGGGCAUGGUUGUUCAUCUUGGAAGGUCUUUUGACCAUAGUCGUUUCUAUUCCGGCGUACUUUCUCGUGCCAAACUAUCCAAACCUUUCGAAAAAGUUCAGCGUUCAUGAAAAACAAAUCAUCGAAGCCAGAUUGAGAACCGAUUCUGACGCUUUGGAUGAAGAGAAGUUUCAGUGGAGCGAAGUUUGGAGAGCAUUAACAACCCUUCAAGUGUAUGGUUAUUGCUUCUUGUUCCAUGGCUUCUCAUUCGGAUUGUAUACACUGUCAAACUUCUUGCCUUCAAUUAUUCAAGGCCUGGGAUACAAAUCAUGGCAAGCACAACUGCUGACCGUUCCGCCAUACUUUUUCGCAUUCUUCACUACGAUGGCUGCUGCAAUCGGAACGCAAAGGACUGGCAAACGAGCAGUAUUUAUCAUCACUUCUGCUGGAAUAGCGAUUGUGGGUUACAUUGCCCUUCUCACUUCACCUACCAUCGGAGGAAAGUAUGCUGCCAUUUUCUUGUGUGCAGGUGGAAUUUACAGUGGAAAUGCAAUCUUGCUUGCUUGGCCUUCUGAGAACUUGAUGGGACAAACAUUCCGUGCAACUGCAUUAGCAAUGGUCAUCUCGAUCGGAAACUGUGGCGCAAUUAUUGGCACACAAUUGUACAGAAUUCCAUUAGGCAGUAAUUCAAACAAGAAUUAUCAUACUUCAAUCGGAAUCACGAUCGCAUGGAUGUUUAUCGGUAUCAGUAGUGCAACUGCAUUGUGGUAUGGGCUAAACAAAGCCAACAAACGAUUGAUUGCUGAAUACAAAGAAAGGGACGAACGUGCAGCAAAAGAAGAUGGUAUCCAUAGCACCACUUCUUCUCAAGUUGCACUCAAUUCUAACGGUCAAUGGAAGAAAAACUUCUUAUAUCAAACUUGAUCAGGGACACGUGAUACCAUCACAAGAAUGGCAGCAGAGACAAUCGAAGAGAUGAACCUCCAAAGUCUUUCUUAACAAUCAAACGUACUGGUGUCGCGACAAGAUCACGCUUGGGAAAGCACUUUGGGGAGGGGU